GCCGCUCUCGCUGACGACAUUCGGAUGCUGCAACAAAUGGAAAAAGAACUGGAAGGAGAUUUCACCAUUUUGUUACCUUCUGGAGACAAGAAAGAGAGGCAGUUCGCUGUGCUGCAUCUACCAGGAAAGAAGAUCAACCGCCGAGACUGCCGUAAAAUACAAUUCAACACUACCAGAAAAGUUGAUGCUCACUGCAAUUUUUCCCCGGUGUUCAAUCAGCCACUUAGGGGAUAUUUAGAGACAGUAAGACACAGUGAGUGGCAGCUGAUCCACACGGCGCUGAGGCCCAUGCUCGACGAAUGGAAGGCUCCCCGAGGAUAUGUUAGGAAGAAAGGAAUGUACAAAACGAAAAGAGGUAUUAAUGAGAAAAAAAGCGGCCAAAUGAGAAAGACCAAGAAGGAAAAUGGAGCAGGAGAGACCCAGGGAAGGAAGAGACGCCCAGGUAAGACCGACUGUCCCGAGGCCCUCUAUCUCUUCUCCCGCCUCGCUCCGGACUAUGACUGCAAGAAGAGAUACGUUGGCUACACGUGCACGCAGGCGAUUGUCACCACCAUCCCCAAAGUCCUUAAGGAUGUGGGUUGUGAAGGCACAAGGAUCGUCGUGGGAUUUUCUAAGGUAGGUUAAUAGAUAAGGUGGUGAUGAAAAAUAGUCAUCUAAUGGGCAGGUGUCUCUAUUCGCUACGACUUUCGAUCACUUUCAAUGAGGAAACAGUCCCUGGUAACUCGUCCAUCAGAUUGUACUUAUUCUCAUAUUUUCUUAAAAAAAAAACAAAAGAAAAACUGUGAUGUUCAUAGACACAUAUUUACUGAUUUUGUUGAAUCAAUACCUUUCAGUAAGUUGAUUUCGUAAAUCUGUGACACGAAAUAUUGUAAAAUAAGACAUAUCCACUAACCCAUGGAAUAACUUCUUUUCAAGUAGGUAUAUAGAUAUUAAAAAAAGUAAAAUAGUAAAAAAGUAGUAAAAAAAUAUAUAUUCACACACACACACAUAUACUGUGUGUAUGUACGCAUUCCGUGCAGCAGUAGUUGAGUUGCCAGUUGAUGUAUUUUAGACGAAAGACUCGUCGAGAGAGACUUCUUCAAAUUGGGUAAACAGACGAUUGAUAAUCUCUCUCUCCCUCUCUUUCUCUCUCUCUCUCCCCAAUUGUCGCCUGGAGGUUACUGCUGUGGCUGGGCACCACGGCGGGUAAGGACAAAAGCCGAGCCAGC